AUGACAAUGUGACUUCUUCAACUUAUGCAUGGCAACCAGACUUGCAUAUAUAUCAUUCCCGCUUUUUGCAAGGAAAUAUUUCACCCGGGACAAAACCUAUUUUCCGAAGCUUUUGUCAUCAUGGAUGAUCCAGAUUUUUCGGUGUCUUUAGUUAAGAUUGAGUCUACCUCGCAGGAUGAGGAAACUAAAGAAUCAGAAAUUCCGAACAAUUCGAAUUUGAUAGGCAGCAGUAAAGACUGUCACACACUUUGGGAUACGUUACGGCAACAAGGACAGCUGUUUAAGGUCCUGGACACACUGACAUCCAAGAUGGCUCGGCUUGUCGGCAGAAUUCAGAACCAGACUGCUUCAGAGGAAGAUAGCGUCACUGUGGUGGAGCUUCUCUCUCAACUUGGCAUCAUGUUCGUUGACACGGAAACCAAGGAGGACGGAUCUAAGGAGAAGAGAUUCACCUUUGUGACGGAUGCUGAGUCAUCAUUGCCACGACAACCACUCACAGCUCCUCAGUCUACUGACAAGCCUCAGCCAAUACUGCUUCUGAACUCCAACGCCACGGAAACAGGAGUUGAGAGUGACGAAGACCAUCCAGAUCCCUUUGAACCUCUUGACGAACCUGAUGACACCAUGGGCGACAUCCCAGAUGCCGAACUCCCCGCCUUCAUCUGCGAGUGGUGCAGAGAGGAUCAAGGCACUCCCUUCAUGCUUGAUCUCCACUUGCUUCAAAACUGCAAGGUCCUGACGCAUUUCAAAGAUUAUAGUAUGUCCUGUCCGCGCUGCAAACGAGGCUUCCGUCAACUGCUGCGGCUACAGACCCACCUGCUUGUUGAGCAUGGAUUGGAAUCCACAGAGGUGCUGGAGAUCUUGCAUGAGCUGGAGGAGAAAGUCAACAAGCAGCGUGUAGCCGAUGAAAAAGGAGAGGCAUCCCAAUCUUCAGAUGAGAGUGACGUCUCUUCAGAAUCGGAGGCAACCGAGAAACCCACCAAGCUUCAAAUGGUGUGUGAAGUGUGUCAGGAGAAAUUGGGAACUCGUAUCGAUUUGCGAUCUCACCUGAUGGGGGUUCACGCUUUCUCCCGUCAGAAAGCUGUCAACAGUGUCUACAAAUCGGUGAAAACUGCCCAGAUACCAUCUCCUAGCAAGCCAAAGUCACAUGCGCCUAAGACACACGCAAAGGAACUUGGAUAUUUCUUCAAGUGCACUGAGUGUGAUAAAAGCUUUAAGGAUCGCACAAAGUUGGUUAAGCAUUUGAAGUCGGUGCACUUCAUAACGCAGUUCAAAGCUCUAAAGGAAGGCAACAGACAGUAUAAAGAAUUGAAUUCGACAUUUGCUUGCGAUUUAUGCCCCAGAAAAUACUGUAACCGCUACUUGUUAAACAAGCAUUUUUUUGAAGCACAUCAGCUUUCUAAGGGCCAGGCACGGUUGAAAUCUUCAGAGAUGUACCCACAUGCAAGUAGUGUGGAGAAACCAGUAAGGAAAUUAACAGUGAGACCAUCACCAUCCAUGAGGUCAAGAAAGGCCAGAGAAUUGAAGUCUAAGAAUGAAGACACAGAUGAUGAAGCGAUCGGUUCAGAUAAGCAACCACAACGAUCUCCAAGAAGUGCUCACAAGAGAGGAAGAGGGCGUCCACGUAAGUCUAGGAGACUGGCUCGAAAAGGAAUAAAGGCAGAUGAGAUAAUUGAGGACGGUGAAGAUGAACAAGAAAACCAUGGCAACAGUAUGGUAGAUGAUGAGGGUAACCAUGGCAAUGUGGAUAAGGAGAACAGCAUCAGUGACUUGGACCAAGAAGCUGAGAGAGAUGACAAUGAUGAAGACUUUGUGCCAUCAGAGUUAGAAGACAAGACAUCAAGUUCUGAAAAGCAAGCCAAGAAAAAAUCGCAAAGGAAAGCUAGCCGUGUUUCUGAUGAUGAGGAGUAUGUGCUGCAAGAUUCAGAAUCUGAAACAGCAAAGAAAAAAGUGGAGCCAAAAUUAACAACACAGCCUGACAGUGUUAUGGUUGAGAAUGAAAACGAAGAAAAAGGUGAUGAACAUGCUGAUGGCGAAGAGCCAAAUGAAUCAGAAAAACCGCCCAAGAAGAAGGGGAAAAGGGGCAGAAGGCCUAACGUGGAGGGCAAACACAAAUGUCCUCACUGUGAUAAAAGCUUCCUCCAUCUGAACUAUGCCAAGUUGCAUAUUUCCACAGUGCACAAGGAGAAGCCUGCGUAUCAAUGCAGCACGUGCCAGAAGCCAUUCUACUUCAAAACUACCUUCAUACGUCACUUGAACUGCCACAUGAAUGAAGAGAUGGGCAUCAACUUCACCUGCGAAGUCUGUGGCAAGUGCUUUAAAGACAACCACAGCCUGAUCACCCACAGGAAAAUCCACAUCAAGGAUCUACCCUUCAAGUGCGAGUUCUGCGACAAGAGUUUCUUCCACCAGUCGCUGUUGUUACGCCACCGCAACUUGCACACCAAGGAAACUGAGUACAAAUGCAAACACUGCGACAGGGUCUUCUACCGAAAGGGCGGGCUGACGUAUCACAUGGCUUCGAUCCAUGACAACAAGCGAGACCACAUCUGCGCAAAUUGUGGUCUUGGCUUUGCUUCGAAGAGUGCCUUGGUUGCUCAUGGGCAUACUCACAGCACAGUGCGAACAUUCCAAUGUGAUAUAUGCGGAACUCAGGUCAAGACUAAGGGAAACCUGAAGGAGCACAUGAGGUGCGUUCACACGGAAGAGCGGGCUUACAAAUGCGAGAUCUGCCAGAAGGCAUUCAAUCGCAGUCACCGCCUGACCUUACACAUGAUGAUGCACAGAGACGAGAGACCACACAAGUGCCACCUUUGCGACAAGGGCUUCCGGACCCGAACCAACCUGCGGGUCCACAUCAAGUGGCAUCAGGACCAGCGUGACUUCCAGUGCGAGCAAUGUGGCAAGACCUUCCUGAUCCCCGGAAACCUAGACCGGCACAUGAAGACACACCGGAGCGGUAAAACCCAUCGGAAAAAAUCAACCAAAAAGCCUGCAGCAGAAACUGUACCACAGACCACGGACCAAACGCAGCUUGCCACGCACAUGGAAGUACCUCCCAGCCAGCCAGUUGAGAACCAAUACCAAACAGUCCAAAAUCUGGUGUCAGGAGCGGGAUUCGAGUCAGACCUUCCAACAUUAGCAUCCAUCGCGCAACACCUGUCCACAAUGAACAUUCCAGUCUUUCAGGCAUCAAACACCGCAGGCCAGACUUCCAUUCCGGUAGCAAUCAACCGUGAUGAGAACACCUGUACCUUACUUCCAGGCUCAGUCAUAUCUGGUGAGGCGUCGGCUGCCCUAGCGGCAUUCAGCCAUGCUCAGCAGCAACUACAGGGACCUGCUACAGGCCCACCUGUCGUCACUCAGUCAGUGCAAGGCAACUUUGAGCAAAUAGAAUUGACCUUGUAACCAGAAACGGAUUAUUCAACAAGAAGCACUCAUAGAAAGUGAAGAUGUUAUACACAAGUACUUUGGUGCGACACAUCCAUAAACAUUUCACAGACUUUUGCUGACCGACUAACUGAGAGUGUUAAUAUUUAAGCAGGUUUGGUGUAAAGCUAGUAUAUGAUCAUGGAGAUUCGUAUUAUUUUAUUAACUUUUUUUUCAUGGCAGCGGAUUUGGUUCUCGUUUCAAUUACUGUGUACAAUAUGAAUUAUGAUUGCUUUUUAACUUGUUUUUAUUUGUAAUUACACUUCAAAGUGGAUCAGUUUGAGGAAUUUUCUUCUACAUGUAUAU